GCUCCCGAGAGCCGGGACACGUGAGCGCCGCGCCUGCCGCUGCGGAGCAAACGCCAAACGUGUCGAGCUCCAGCCGCGAAGGCAUCCGGCAUCCAGGCUCCGCUCCGCUCCUCAGCGCUCGCCGCCAGCCCACAAGAGGACAAGCUCGCACGCUCCGCGCAUCCUCAGUCACGCCGCCGCUGCGAAUGCCCGCUCCGGGGUCCCGCCGGCCGCCGCCGCUCCUCCUCCUCCUCCUCCUCGCGGCCGCAUGCAGCUGCGGCCCCGCUGGUGCGGGGGGAGGCGGCUCCUGCGAGCUCUCCGUCGCGCGCGGCGGCGAGCUCUACAGCUUCGCUCUCGCGGCGCCGACGCCGGCGCACCGCCACGGCGUCCUCAGCGAGGACGGGUUUUACAAGGUGGCUGUGAAUGAUUCCAUACUCUGGUUCCAGCUGUGCGAUGAAAUGCUAUUCAACUUUGACCCACCUAUGUGUCUUAAUUGUGAGGGCUGUGGCGGUCCAUUGAGGUGCGGAACCCAGUGUAGUGCACUUGUGUCGAAUAAUAUUGGAGGGUAUGAUGUUUGCACAACCCUUGGGAGUUUAUCUAAAUCCCAUUUAUCUCUAAUUGACGAGAAUAAUCCUCAAAAGGGUGUUGUUGUUAAGAUGUUCUCAUCAAAGUGUUCUAUUUCUGUUUCUGUCCUUUGCGAUUCAAUUGUAGCACAAGUACCAGGCAAAUUCGUCAUAUCUGGUGAUUGUGAUUAUGCUACAACAUUUAAGCACCCUUCUGGUUGUGCAAGAUCUGUUUCUGCUUCUGGAAAUGGCUGGGGAUGGUUAGGCACUUUGUUCAUAACAAUACUGUCCCUUCUUGGAGGUUACAUUUUGAUUGGAGCAGUUUAUAGAUAUUAUUUCCUUGGCAUUCAUUCUGUAGAGGCCAUUCCAAACCUGCAAUUUUGGAUUGGUUUGCCGCAACGAAUUAAGACCAUGUUUGUUCCUGCAACAAGAAGCCACGUAAGUUAUAGCAGAGAUGCUCUAGGUGCAUAUACCCCAGGAAACCAUUGAAAAGGUGGCAUCCUAGAAAGUUUAUGGGCAGCAAUACAGUUAAAAGUCAUUUAUGUACUCAACAUCAGGACAAAUCUUUGAUCUUGCCAAGACACCAGCUUGCUGCUUGGGAACCUUUUGCACGAAGAUGACCUUACAAUCUGCAUAAUACAAUCUCUCUGUCCAAAGGAACUUGUACGUCUAUGAUAUGCAACUGUAAGUUUUGACAGUUUUCAGCAACUGGAUGCUUGUGCUCUGGACAAGGGCAACAGAUAGGAUAAGAUUGAGACCUCCAAUUGUGGGUUGUUACUUUGUUCUCGGAAGCCACAAGUCUUUUGGCAUUGGCCUCAACUUUCUGUGGAUAAAAAUUCUGAAAGCUAGAAAUACCUUCAUGGAAGGUAGAUGAAUCACUCUUGUGAAAACGUGGUGAAAGCAAUGUGAUGCGAAACUAUCGUGAUUCGUGAGCAGACAAACGAAUUAUUAUCUAGAAGAAUGGUAAUUUUUCUUCA